CAAAGUAUUUAUUCUAAGCCAUGUCUCUCUGCCAUAAAAUAAUGUAUCUUCCAACGAAUGAACAGACUGUUAAAACUUCAAAUUUCUUAUGGUGAAACUGUUUUUGUUUGUUUUUCUAUCAAAAAUAGAUAUUCGGCUACAUAGAUUCUCACCAGACACCGUUUAUUUUGGUAGGUUCUGACGUCAACGAAAUGCACGUUUCAUUCACCAAGCAAAAAAAAAGAGAGAAGUUAUUUAUAACCCAAACGUCUUGGGGUUGUGGUUCUUGUGUGCGCAGCGAGGAAUGCAGCUAUUGGGCUCAUCUGCUACGUCUCCAUAACAAAAGCGAAGGUGCUAGUGCGCCAUGGUGCUCUAAAAUAGCACAGCGAUAGACCUGUUUUGAACUAUAAAGGGAAUGUUCUUUAGAUCUACGGCGCACCAUCCGGAAAUAUUUCUUUAACAUUUUGUGAACUAUUUUAAACAGCGUUUAAAAUUAAACAUGGACAUUCAGAAAAUGAUAUAUCCGUUUUCAAAACAGGACUGAGCGUGAUCUCGGCGGGCAAUCUGGGUGAUGGACGACAUGUUGGAGCUGCGGACGGAUGGCAACUCGCUGCUGAAGGCAGUAUGGCUGAGGCGCCUGCGGCUCACCCGUCUCCUGCUGGAGGGAGGCGCCUACAUCAACGAGAGCAACGACCGUGGCGAGACUCCGCUUAUGGUGGCCUGCAUGUCCAAGCACUCCGACGCGCAGAGUGUCAGCAAAGCCAAGCUGGUCAAGUAUUUGCUCGACAACAAAGCCGACCCCAACAUUCAGGACAAGACGGGAAAGUCGGCGCUGAUGCAUGCGUGCAGCCACCGGGCGGGCCACGAGGUGGUGUCGCUCUUGCUGACCAACGGGGCCGAUCCAAGCCUGGAGGAUCGUGGCGGAGCCUCAGCGCUGGUCUAUGCCAUCAACGCGGAUGACAAAGAGACUCUCAAAGUGCUGUUGGAUGCAUGCAAAGCCAAGGGGAAGGAGGUAAUCAUCAUCACGACAGACAAGUCUCCAUCUGGGACCAAAACCACAAAGCAAUACUUAAAUGUGCCCCCUUCCCCAGAACUGGAUGAGAGGUCAUCGCCGACGCUAUGUGCCUCCCCCUCCGACAUUGAGCUGAACCCUUUGUCUUCGCCAAGCAAAGACGAAGAGCUCAAUAUGGUUUUUCCUUUCCAGUCCCAGUGGAAAUCCAGUGCCAAGCCCCCCAACGGCCCACCCUCCCCGCCCCGCAAGCCGGCGAACCCCAAACGUGCGCGCCUCCCGCAGCUGAAGCGCCUCCAGUCCGAGCCAUGGGGCCUGAUCGCCCCCUCCGUGCUGGCUGCCGCCCAGGAGGAGAGCAAGAGAGCCAGCUCCGACGAGGAGGUCGUCUCGGGCAUCAACGGGCUGGCCGUCUCCAGGCGAGCCCCCCUGUCGCGGAACAACAGCGUGGACGGCAAGGAGAUCACAUUCCCUGCUGUUGGCGAGCAGCCGUCCAAAAUCUCCCCCACCUCCCCGGCUUCUCCACUGUCCACCUCCUCCAAGGUGUCCUAUGACAGAUCCCUGGCCCAGCACCAGCCCCUGGCUCGCCGCAGCACCAUCCCCAUCGAGCAGGAGAGGUCUGAGGGCACUGGCCCAAGCGCUUCGGCCAGCCUCAGGGACACUGUGUACCGGAGGCGGCUGGGCAACGACCACUACGACUCGGACUCCCAGCUCUACGCCGACUCGGGAAUGCUCGACUCGGCCAAGGUGCCGCUGGAGCGGCGGAAGCUCAACACUUCGCCGCUGGCCAUGCUGACCAGCUCGCGCGAGUCCCUGGACAGCAACGCCAGCACGUCGUCCCCUUGCACGGCACGUCGCCGAGCGCCAGGCCUGCUGGAGCGGCGCGGCUCGGGCACCCUGCUGCUGGACUACAUUUCCCACACCCGCCCGGGAUACCUACCGCCCCUCAACGUCAACCCCAACCCCCCUAUCCCCGACAUCGGUGCCUGCAGCAAGCCCUCAUCGCCCCUCGCCACGGGGAUUCGGUCGAUAGCCCCGGUGGCGCCGAGCUCACCAAAGAGAGGCAACCUCAAGAGCAAGAAGAAGCUGGUGAGGAGGCACUCUAUGCAAGUGGAGCAGAUGAAACAACUCUACGACUUUGAGGAGCUGACCCAGUAGGACCAACUUACCCCUUUUGUCUCCAUCUAUCUAUCUAUCUAUCUCUCUCUCUCUCUCUCUCUCUCUCUCUCCUCUCUCUCUCUCUAUUUCUCUCUCUCCAAGCCUUUGACAGUCUUGACAGAUGUUAAGAGUUACAUGGAAACCAGCACAUCCUGCGAAAACAAGGUUGAGUUUUGAGAUCAUGUUUCCUCAGCUCCCUGAGGCCUGUCUGUACUGAACCAAAAAAAGAAGGAAAAAAAAGAAAAGUGAGAGAAUAAGUGCUGUUUCACGUAGCGGCUGGCUGGCUCUGGACAGGACCUGGCCCUAAUCUGUCAGACACUUAAGCACAUCUAACCCAGAUCAGGCUCAGAACUGCUCCACAGUCCACAGCUAUGUAGGGUAGAGCUGAGCAGAGCUUCAGGCACCUGCACCGAGGAACUCAAAGGAAAGCUGCUGGGUAUGUUCACUCACAGACCUAAAUAAAAUGUUCUUUGCUUAGUUGCAUCCUAUUCAUGCACAUCCAUCGAUUGUCAAACUGGGGUUAUGUG